GAAGUGGGUACGGGCAAAUGGACCCGACCCGAAACAGUGCCACUCGGAUCCUUCCCACCAAGUGGCGAAAAUCUCAGCGAUGGGCUUUCACGAAUCUUUGAUCGCACUCAAUUUCCUUCUCUUUGAUCAGCAAAAUUAGAGCUUUCCAUCGGAAAACGAUUCAAGUUCUAUUCCCAAAGAUGUCUUGUGGGUUGAGUUCACUAUCAUCCAGUGAUGAACUCGACGAUUUUAACCCCAGAACAUCACCCUCUACGCCACCUAAACCUCUCGAAGAAGAAUUGGCAUCUCUAGCAUUGACCUUACCACAUCCCCAGCUCCUCUCUGACCAAGAUGAUGUCAAUGGCGUCUCAGAUGGAUUCGAGGCCGAUAGGUCUAUGUUUGGAAUUCAACAGAGUGACGAGGAAAUGAGGGUCGGCUUAGUUUUUGAAGAACAUGUUGGGGGGAAUUCAGUUUCGGUGGUUGAGGGGGCGACGGAGGGUUCGGAUGGUGCUGGAGUUGUGUGGGGGAGGACCAAUUCGGAGAUUGAGGUGGAUAGACCGGCUAGUCCUAGCAGCAGUGGGUAUGCAGGUGAAAGAGGAAGCAGCAGUGCUAGUAGCGGGAGGUCGGAGAUGGAUGGAGUUGCUGAGGAUGAGAUACAGGAGCUGAGAGAUGACGCUUCUGAUGGUGAGAAUUCGAAUUCUGUACCCUCGUGGGUUCCUGGAAAGCGGCAUGGUGAUGAGGAUGAUGCUUCCAUAUCGUGGAGGAAAAGGAAGAAGCAUUUCUUUAUUUUGAGCCAUUCGGGAAAGCCUAUUUAUUCCAGGUACGGGGACGAGCACAAACUAGCAGGUUUUUCAGCCAGUUUGCAGGCAAUCAUUUCCUUUGUGGAGGAUGGGGGUGAUCGUGUCAAAUGGGUUAGAGCUGGUAAACACCAGGUUGUUUUUCUUGUGAAGGGUCCAAUUUACUUGGUUUGCAUCAGCUGCACAGAAGAGCCUUAUGAAUCAUUAAGAGGCCAGUUGGAACUUAUAUAUGGUCAGAUGAUACUUAUUCUAACAAAGUCUGUAAAUAGAUGUUUUGAGAGAAAUCCCAAGUUUGAUAUGACUUCCCUUCUUGGAGGAACGGAUGUUGUCUUCUCCUCUCUCAUCCAUUCAUUUGGUUGGAACCCUGCUACUUUUCUUCAUGCAUACACUUGUCUUCCUCUUGCUUAUGGUACAAGACAAGCUGCAGGUGCAAUAUUGCAAGAUGUUGCUGAUUCAGGCAUUCUUUUUGCAAUUUUAAUGUGCAAACAUAAGGUUAUCAGUAUUGUUGGUGCUCAAAAAGCUUCUCUCCAUCCUGAUGAUAUGUUACUACUUGCCAACUUUGUGAUGUCGACAGAAUCCUUUAGGACAUCCGAGUCUUUCUCUCCAAUAUGCCUUCCAAGAUACAAUCCUAUGGCAUUUUUGUAUGCAUAUGUUCAUUAUUUUGAUGUUAACACUUACUUGAUGCUCCUUACAACUAAUUCAGAUUCCUUCUAUCACUUAAAAGAAUGCAGGAUUCGUAUUGAGACUGUCCUUUUGAAGUCCAAUGUUCUUAGUGAAGUUCAGAGAUCCAUGUUAGAUGGUGGGAUGCAUGUUGGAGAUGUGCCUGUCGAUUCUUUACCUCGUUAUAGAACUACAUCUCAUUUGGGCCAACAAAGAGCUCCAUCAGAAUUUCCGGAAAGAUUCAAGGAAUCUAAUGCUGGGAUGGGUGGUCCUGGUGGUCUGUGGCAUUUCAUUUACCGCAGUAUAUAUCUCGAUCAGUAUGUAUCUUCUGAAUUUUCAUCUCCAAUUACCAGCCGUCAACAACAAAAGAGAUUGUACAGAGCAUACCAAAAUAUUUAUGCUUCUAUGCAUGAUAAAGAAAUUGGCCCUCACAAGACCCAGUUUAGAAGAGAUGAAAACUAUGUUCUACUCUGCUGGGUCACCCAAGAUUUUGAGCUUUAUGCAGCAUUUGAUCCAUUGGCUGAUAAGGCUUUGGCAAUAAAGAUCUGCAAUCGAGUUUGUCAAUGGAUCAAGGAUGUUGAAAACGAAGUUUUUCUUCUGGGUGCGAGCCCAUUUUCAUGGUAACACUCCAUGUACUAUAGUUUUUUUGUAUUCAUGUUUAUACACAUCCACGGUCUUGCCUUUUAUUAUUGUAGAGUAGGCUAGCUCAUAAAAAACUUGUAUUCAAUUUAAUUCCAUUUAUUGGAAAAAUAGGUAUACAUUAUAUUAGUGAAAAUCUAUGAAAUGAAGAGCUCUUUUGCUA